AAGCCGUUGUUGUCAUCAGAUGACUACGAAGAGAUUGGAGGCGUUCCAAUGGAACCACCAUUGAAUGCAACACACCACGGUAUAGCCAUACCAAUGGACGAGGAACAUUCAAAUCCAAGUAACAGCAGCAUUAUAGUAAAUGAUAAUAUAAAUAAUAGCUCCGGUAUGGGAAACAAUUAUGAAUACUAUAACAGUGAUUACAGCCUCAGUGGUAAUAACAACAAUGAUAACAAUAAUAAUAAUAACAAUAAUAAUACCAACAAUGUUGAUAAAAAUUUUAAAUCAACUGUUGAUCAUCAAAUACCACAAAAGAAAAGAGUUAAGUCGCUUUAUGUUGCACAAGUCGAAAAACCAAUUACAUUUGAUGACUUGGGUAUUUCAGACGAUACAAAUCCAUCAGAGGUUAAGCAUCAAAUUCAAAACCAUAUGUUUGGCUUCAAACCAUUUAAAAGUAAAUUAACCAAAAGAAAACUUGAGGAGCGUUCACCAGAAGUACAGGUUUUAUAUAAUGACUCUCCAGAUCAACCACAAAAACAAGAAAGUAUACCCAUUUUAAUUGGAAAUUAUCUUUAUUUUAUAUUAUUUGGAGUAUUUUUAUUUGUAAUAUUUACCAUUUGCAGUAUAUUUUGUUAUAUUACAUACUUUGGUAUACCAUAUGGUAGACUAUUGUGGAAUUUAAAGGGUUUUGUUUUGUGGCCAUUCGGAAAAUUUUUACAAUUAUCAAAUAGACCAAUUGGCAGAAGUAAUGAAGAAAGAGAGCCUCUAAGUUAUGGUGGUAGUGCUAAAAAAAGAAGGGCUAUCGAAGUUAGAAAAUUAACACUCUAUAAUUAUAUUGGUGCAUUUAUUUAUUAUGUUUUUAUUAUUCCAAUACUUGUGAUUUUUGAAACCAUAGUGUUUUCAUUAUCAUGGAUGAUAGUAGUUAUGAUUCCAACAGCAAAGGUUCAUUCAAAAUUAUUAUUUAAUUUAUUAAAAAAUCCAUUGUUGUUAAGAUCUGAAGAAUAUACUAGACCAGACUGUCAAAUACUUUUAUAUCCAGUUGAAGCAUUCAAUUAUUACUAUUAUAAAUAUACAGUUAAUGGAAUGAAUGUUUGCACAUCAUCGCAAUGUUUUUUAUUCUCAAAUUUAUUAACCCCCACUUUUUUUAUUUUAGAUUUACUACCAUUUGUUAUUAUUUCAUUAAUUUUUGGUUUCUUUUUUGAAGAACAAGUUAAUCCAAUUGUUAUUUUCGUUUGUUGCUUAUUGUCAACAAUUCCAUUGUCAUAUUACAAUGGUAUGGCUAUUGCAAGUUUAUCCGCCCAAACAUCAUUCGCAAUUGGUGCAUUGAUCAAUGCUAGUUUUGGUUCAAUUAUUGAAUUAAUUCUUUACGUUGUAUCAAUUAAUGGAUCACAAGAAGAGGUUGCUAGAUCUGCUUUAACAGGUGCAUUAUUAGGUUCUAUGCUUUUAAUUCCAGGUUUAUCUAUGAUUGUCGGUGGUAUUAAACAUAAAGAGCAACGUUUCAAUCCAGCUUUAAUGGGUGUUAAUACAAUUUUAUUAAUGAUUGCUGUUGUUGCUGCAUUUGCCCCAACUUUAUUCUACAAGAUCUAUGGUAGUUAUGGUUUCAAUUGUUCAUCUUGUACUCAAAGUGGUGUCAAUAGUACAAUGUUAGAUUGCUCAAGCUGUUCAUUGGUUCAAAAUAAUUUAGAUGAUGAUCCAAUCUAUACAACCAAAGCACGUACACUCAUGUACAUUUGUUCCGGUAUUCUCCCAUUAACCUAUUUAAUUGGUCUUUUAUUCACCCUCAAAACCCACACACACAUUCUUCAUGGUCCAGUCGAAAAACCAAGUGGUCACCAAGUCGAAUAUGAAUGGUCAAAAGUUCAAUGUAUUAUCGUUUUAUUGGUUUGUACAACCAUGUUUGCCUUGGUCUCUGAAAGAUUGGUCGACACUAUCGAUCCUGUAGUAAGUGCAUUGGGCCUAACACACGAGUUCCUUGGUGUCACCAUUUUGGGUAUUAUCCCGUCUGCGGCAGAGUACUUGAAUGCUAUUCAAUUCUCCCUCAACAACAAUAUGCCGCUUGCACUUGAAAUCGGUGCAUCCGCUGCUGUCCAAAUCACUCUCUUCCAAAUGCCAGUUUUAGUUUUCAUUUGCGCUGUUGUCAAUCAUCUCAGCAGUAAUGGCUCGUUUACAUUGAUCUUCCCAUUAAUGGACUUUUUCGCAAUCUUUUUUGGUGUCACUGUAAUGAACUUGGUCUUUAACAAUGGUAGAACUAACUACUUUAUUGGUUCAACACUUGUUAUUAUCUAUUUGGUUAUUGUUUUUUGCUUCUUUUUUACUCCAAACGUAUAGAGAAAAAAGAGCUGUUAACUCAUAUAUCCACCAUCCUUAUUUAAAAUUUUUUUAAAAAUAUAUUAUUUUUUUAAAUCUUUUUUUUUUUUAUAAUGUUAUAGAUUAUGUUAAUUUAAAAAUAAAUAAAUAAAAGUAAAUUUAAAACU